AGUCCUCAUCAUUUUUUCGAUAGAAAAACAUCCAUCGUGAGUAAGUACAUUAGCGAAUUGGAUGAUUGCGAGAAGCUAUUUAUUCCAAUGCAUGACGAUUGCCCUGGUCAUUGGUAUCUGUACGUCAUUGACUUCAAAAACUUUGAUAUCCAAAUUUUGGAUUCAUUACGAUCGAAGAGUCGGGACGAGUUCCGGUUUAAGAGUGUCAAAAUAGUGGUUGAAUUUUGUCAAACGUUCUUCAAACUGUAUGACAUAGGGAAAGAUGUCUUCCAAUUCUCCAUUGAUUGGGCUCCUUCGAUUUCGACCCAAGAUAAUGGGUGGGACUGUGGAGUGCAUGUCAUUAGACAUAUGCAGAGAUUCAAAAAUGGUGAUUCGAUGACGAGCUCCGACUUUUGUAAUUCUGUUAAAAUACGUCGAGAAAUAGCAUGUGAUUUAGUUUUACACGAGGGAAACAGAGAAAAACAAAACAUUGUGGCUAUUGUUUGUACAAAGACGUCGACACGAGCAAUGAAAAAAUUAUUAUUAUGAUAUUUGUUAUUUUUCUAAUAUUUAUCAUUUCCAUCUCCACAUAUCGUCAUGUUUAUUGGGAAGUUGUGAGAUUCGAUGACCAUACAUUAUUAAUGAUUAAGUCCAUUUUAUUUGAAUAUCCAAA